AUUAUUUAGCCUCAUCCAAGGAACAUUAAUUUGAUAUCUUCUGAAUUUUGCAACCCCUGAUUUGGGGACCGACAUCGUUUGACAGGUUUAAACCACAACUAUGAAACCAGGUCGAGUUUAUCUGUCUGACCGAAGUCACAGCGGAGAACUGAAGUACUGAAGAUGACGCUGUCGCUCCUGAAAUGACCGGCUAGCUAAGCUAACGGCUAGCAUGUCCGCCUUGGUUGCAGCCUGUCACUAGCUGACAUUUAGCUAGGCGCAGUUAUCCUGUUUGCCACCCGCACCGCAGAGGACGAUUUGACAAGGGAGCUGGUUUAAACUCCCAUGCGGAAGGUGAGGAGGUGGGAAUGUGAGACAGUUGCUAGCGGACUCAACAUGGGUAGGGGCCGAGGCAGAGGGAGAGGACGGGGCAGGGGAUCAUCUGGCCAGUUGCGGCCCCCCUCGCCCUACAGACUGCAGCUCUCUCCGUCCAGGGAGACUUUGACGUACGCUCAGGCGCAGAAAAUAGUGGAAGUGGACCUAGAGGGGAGGCUUCAUCGGAUCAACAUCACGGAUGCUCUGCCAGUUAUUACUGAGGACGAGAUGAUGGCCCAGGACAUCGCCGAGUGCAACAGCAACAAGGAGAACAGUGAACAAACGCAGAGUAAAACUAGAUCUUCGAGGAAACCCUCAAACAGUAAAAGCAGGAAGAGCAGUAAAAAUAUGUCCAACCAGAACCAACGGUCUGGCUCCCAGCAACACACGGGACCUACUAAUUCUCUCCAGCAACCGUCCCACCAAAUCCCUCUGCCUGAGCCCAUCUUUCGUGUGCUGAGUUCAGUUUGCCCCUCAGAAGCGCCUCCUCUCCCAACAGCCUACUAUCGUUUCAUAGAGCAGUCAAUGGAGGAACAGGACAGUGUGGCUGAGUACGACAUGGACGAGGAGGACCUUGCCUGGCUGGAGAUGGUUAACCAAAAGAGGGUGCGUGACGGCCAUGCCUCCGUAUCUGCGGACACUUUUGAGCUGCUAAUCGACCGCCUGGAGAGGGAAUCCAUCUUGGAGUCCCGCAGCCAGGCUCUGUCCCAGAGUGCCGUGGACGAGGAUGCUUUCUGCUGUGUCUGUCUGGAUGACGAAUGUCUGAACAGUAACGUCAUUCUGUUCUGUGACAUUUGCAAUCUGGCCGUCCACCAGGAGUGUUACGGUGUGCCCUACGUACCCGAGGGUCAGUGGCUGUGCCGCUGCUGCCUGCAGUCCCCCUCCCGUCCCGUAGACUGUGUGCUCUGUCCCAACCGAGGAGGUGCCUUCAAACAGACAAGUGAUGGACGUUGGGCCCACGUUGUCUGUGCCAUAUGGAUCCCAGAGGUGUGCUUUGCCAACACAGUGUUUUUGGAGCCUGUUGAGGGGGUCAAGAACAUCCCUCCCGCUCGCUGGAAACUCACCUGCUACCUGUGUAAGCAGAAAGGCAGAGGAGCAUCCAUCCAGUGCCACAAAGCCAACUGCUACAGGGCCUUUCAUGUCACCUGUGCCCAGAAGGCUGGCCUGUUUAUGAAGAUAGACCCAGUCCGGGAGACAGGAGUCAACGGCACCACCUUCUCUGUGAAGAAGACGGCGUUCUGUGAGCAUCAUUCUCCAGUGGGGUCUCGGCGGGACGGGUCUGGAGACGAGUCAGUUGAAGGGAGACUGGUGGGGGGCAGGGGUAACCGGGGUCAAAGGUCCUACACUCAAAGCCCCCCACCACCACCACCGAACAAGAAGGCUACCAAGGGCCAGAAGAAGAAGAACACGAAGGGGUCUGGUCGGUCGACACGCCGCUCAACUGUGCCUGUGCUGCUCGUGCCUCAGAUCCCCUCUCACAGGCUGAACAAGAUCUGCACAGGAGUUGAAGUCCAGAGGAAGAAUCAGUUCAUGCAGAGGCUUCAUAACUACUGGUUACUGAAACGACAGUCACGAAAUGGGAUGCCUCUAAUACGCCGACUUCAUUCCCAUCUACAGACCCACAGGACUGCAGAGCAGAGGGAGCCUGAUGAGAAGCUGUGUGCGGCCAGAGAAGAGCUACGAUACUGGCAAAAGUUGAGGCAGGACCUGGAAAGAGCCAGGCUUUUGGUGGAACUGAUCCGCAAGAGAGAGAGGCUAAAGAGAGAACAGUUGAAAGUUCAGCAGGCUGCUCUGGAGUUGAAGUUGACUCCUGCGUUGGUGCUUCUGCGAUCCACCUUGGAACAACUGCAGGAGAAGGACACGGCAAAAAUCUUCUCUCAGCCUGUCAAUCUAUCAGAGGUCCCAGAUUACCUGGAGUUUAUUUCCCAACCCAUGGACUUCUCCACCAUGUGUACCAAACUGGAGGGACAUGCCUAUUGCUCCAUCGCGGACCUAGAGAAGGACUUUAACCUCAUGAUCUCCAACUGCCUCAAGUACAACUCCAAGGACACCAUGUUUCACAAGACAGCCUUACAACUGCGCGAGGUGGGUGGAGCAGUUCUCCGUCACGCCCACAGGCAGUCUCAGAGCAUCGGCCUGGACCCCAGCACCGGGAUGCAUCUCCCAGAGUCUCCCAACAGACAUGGCUUCUACAACUGUACGUGGGACGACGUCGACUCUCUGUUGGACCCGGAGAACAGACUCCACUUAAACACGGACGAACAGCUGAAGGCCUUACUGGACAAACUGGACAUGGUUGCUUCCAUGCGCACCAGUGGUGGUCGAACCAAACGCAUCAGGUUGCUGCGCCGAGAGAUCAACUCUCUCAGACAGAAGAUGAACCAGCAGCAGCAAAACUCUCAAUCAGUGAAUGGCAAUGACAAGGAGGAUGAAGUAAAAGAGGAGGAAGAGGAGGAGGAGGAGGAAGAAGAAGAGGAGAAGAAGGAAAAGAAAAAGAAGACAAAUAGACCUUUGAAAGCCAUGUCAAACUCUGGGACAGAUGACGCUCCACCUGUGCUUGAACUCACCUGCCCAGUCUCAUCGCCGCUGCCAGGAGAUGCUCCUCUGGAACCUCCUGUCCUGGGCAUCGUACCUGGAGGGCGGAGGUCUCCUGGACGCUCCUAUAAGCGCCAGAGGUCCUCCCGCAGUGGAGGCAAAAGCCAAGGUGAAGAUGAGGCUGAAGUUGGUGAAACGCCGUCAUCACAACAGGAGGCGGUUCAUGAGGUUACUCCGCUGGGGACACCCCCGACUCUGCCUUUGGUUGGAGUCGGUCGUCGUACGUCUGUUCUGUUUAAAAAAGCUAAAAAUGGGGCGCGGAUGGUUAAAAACAAGUCCCCACCACAACAGAAUGGUAAAACGUCUGAGGGUAAAACCAACGGGUUGGAAAGCCCCCCUGCCCGCCCAAAUUCACCCAGUGUGACCAACAUCACCCCCUUACCAUCCACUCCAAACGCCUCCCCUGCACCUCCCUCUCCUUCCUCACACCACCUGAGGUCCAGAGGCCCCAGCUCAGAAAGUGAAGCAGACAAACUCCCUCCACCACCCAGAGAAGGAGGCCUGACAAAUGGAAAGCACACCUUUGCAGAGCAUGAUGAUGAUGACGACCAAAAACUAAACUGUAGUGUCUCCCCACCCAAACGAAGUCGGGGUAAACCUGCAUUGGCAAAAGUUCCUAACAGUGAGAAUGGAGACAUCUGUGGGUCUGGACAGUCUACACUUCUAUCUUUAGAUAGUGAGGCCGAGCUCGGACCUUUGGACCUAGUUUGGGCCAAAUGCAGAGGAUAUCCAUCGUACCCAGCAAUGAUUGUUGACCCAGACAUGCCCCAGGAAGGGCUUCUUCACAACGGCAUCCCCAUCCCAGUGCCUCCCGUGGAGGUGCUCAAACUGGGCGAGUGGAGAGAAACGGAAGAAGGGGAAAAGCUCUUCUUGGUGCUUUUCUUUGACACCAAAAGAACUUGGCAAUGGCUCCCUCGGAACAAAUUGCUGCCGAUGGGGUUGGACGACACUGUAGACAAACUGCGCUUAAUGGAAGGAAAGAAACCGAGCGUUCGCAAGUCUGUACACACUGCAUACGACCGGGCCAUGGUACAUUUAAAUCACGUGAGAGGAAAUCUAAACUUCACUCCCUCCAAUUUUAUAUAAAGUUUUAAGAUUUUAUCAUGUCAAAAAGGCUUUGUUGUUCUAUGUAUAGAAGCUUCAUCAAUGCUCUUAAAAGGGUGGGAAAGUAAAACAAAGGGUUAACAGUUGGUGGUAUAAGAGAGUUUUCUGUCAUAAAACUGUUUCUCUGAUUUAUAAAAUGUAGAGGAAAGUGCUCGAAGACAUUUUCCUAGAUGAAUAUGUUCCUUUACUCAUGAAAUUUUUGUAAAAGAUUUUACACAACCACUGUUGCUAUGUGUCUAUAUACAGAUUUUAUUUUAGGCCAAAGUGAGUCAAGACUUAGGUGAGAGAAGUGUAAAUAUUAAAUCGUCAAAGGGAACGUCUUGAUUCAAAACAUAUUUAGAUUGUAUUUGCCAUUGAAAUGUCACUGUGUUUAAUGAAGUGUGAAAGUCCUACUUAAUGUUCACGUCAUAUCUGGAGCAGCUGAAUAGUUUGGCUUUGGAAGAAACGUUUAAUUUUUGCCAAAUAAAAUGACUCUUUAAGUUAUCAAAUCUAAUGCUAAUUGGUAUAUAUGUAAAUGUUUUCAUUAUUUUCAAAUGAAUGUAAAGGGUACAAGACUUAAAACCAUUCCUCCAGAUCCUCCCUCCAUUGAAUCAGAGAGCCUUUUAGUUAUCAUUGAUAUUGAACAGAACAUUAUCAUAAAUAACCACAUCAAACCUGCUCAAGCUGGCAUUGACAUUACAUUUACCACUAAACCAGCAGUGGAUCAUAACUUUGUUUGGCUCCUAGAUUAUGUUUCGAGUGUGUACACACUUCAUUCAACAAUUCUGAGAAUUGCUCAGUUAACACAAAAUAUUUGUCAAAAGAACAAUUUGAAAUAAACAGAAAUACUGAUAGCUGAUGCCAGGGCAAACAUUGAACUUUUAGUCCAGAUAUGACGCGUUGUAGGUGGGACUUUAGAGGUCUUUACUUAUUUUUCCAUAUUGUGAAACUGUGUUAUGAUACUAGAAUGUUGGAGUAUCCGGUGCAGCUACUUGGUUAGUGAGGUGUGAGGCCACUACAAAGAUGAAGCUGAUUAUUAUGUGGUUAUGACAAAUUCUACUGCAAUCACUCACUGAAGAACUUGCAAAUCUGGCUGAAACGACUUGAAAAGCACAAAGAGUUUUAAAGAAGACUUGUAGGAUUGGUGUCUCCUGGAGCCAUAUAUGUGGCAAAAACGUGUGUGUGUGUGUGUGUGUGUGUGUGUGUGUGUGUGUGUGUGUGUGUGUGCGUGUGUACAGUAUAUACAUAUAUAAAAUACAACCUCAAUGUAGUAAAGGUGCAUGUGUAUAGUUUUGUAAAUAUGUAAAUGUAUGUUUAUAUUGGCUUACAUGAAGUAAUUUAAGGAAUGCAAAAAUCUAAUUUAGAUUUUAAUUUAUAAUUUGUGGCAGUCGAGAGUGUUAUUUAAUAAGUAAAAUAUUGAAAAGAUUUAUGUAUGAUGCUAAGUAGCUCUUUGUAACAGUGAUGGUAUUCACCAACAUGUCAGAAUAUAUUCUCUAGAUUUGAGGCGGCACAAGACCUGAGCUCAGUAGGCAGCAGUGACCGCACUAGUCUACAAAAGCUGUUUUUUUUUUUUUUUUGGUUUGUUUUCUUGGGUGGAACGGGAGAUUUCUGAUCUUGUUAUUUGAAUUGUACUGCAAGAUCUAUAAUCUGCCUGAGACAAUAUUUUCUCACACAAGAAUAA